AUGAAGAAGAAGAAGAAGAAUGUGGUUGUUCCUAUAGUAGCUUCAGUUGCUGCACUGCUCAUCCUCAUAGCUGUGCUGGCUAGCCUAUGGUGCCUCAAAAGGAGAAGACAAGACAAGAAGAAGGUGAAGAAGGAAAAGUUAACAUUGGAAUCAAAGAAACAACAAUUUAGAUACUCUGAGAUUCUGAGUAUUACCAACAACCUCACAAUGAUUCUUGGAAAAGGAGGUUUUGCGACGGUUUACCUUGGCUACAUAAAUAACACCGAGGUUGCUGUGAAGAUUCUCUCUCCAUCAUCUGUUCAAGGGCGUAAGCAGUUUCAAGCAGAGGUCAAACUUUUAAUGAGGGUUUAUCACAAAAACUUGACAUCUCUUGUUGGGUAUUGUGAUGAAGGCACCAAUAUGGCACUCAUCUACGAAUACAUGGCUAAUAAAGACUUAAGGGGACUUUUGUCAGGAAAAAGAAAUUAUGUCCUUGGUUGGGAAGAGAGAUUACGAAUAGCAAUUGAUGCAGCACAAGGAUUGGAGUAUCUGCACAAUGGCUGUAAACCACCAAUGAUCCAUAGAGAUGUUAAGUCUGCAAACAUCUUACUGAAUGAAAAUUUUCACGCUAAACUAGCAGAUUUUGGGCUUUCAAGAGAUUUUCCAGUUGAAGGUGGCUAUCUUGUGCCCUCAGAAACUAUUGGAACCUUAGGAUACAUUGACCCUGAGGUUGGUAGGUUGACUGAGAAAAGUGACGUAUACAGUUUCGGAGUUGUUCUUUUAGAGCUAAUUACAGGCCAUCCUGCAUUACUAAAAGGGCAUGAGAACAUGCACAUAGUUCAAUGGGUCAAUUCUGUUAUCGGAAGAGGGGAUAUAGGCAGCAUUGUUGAUCCAAGGGUGCAAGGGAAGUUCAGUGUUAAUUCAGCAUGGAAAGCCUUAGAGAUUGCCAUGUCAUGUGUGCCAGCGUUGUCCAUCCAAAGAUCAAACAUGAGCCAUGUAGUGACAGAGUUAAAGGAGUGCAUGGAAGUAGAGAUGGCUUCUGUUCAAAGUGGGAUGAGGGAUGACCAACUUACGGAUUCAGGAAACUUACUUGAAAUGAUUGUGGAACUCGGAAACGAAGUCAAUCCUGAAGUAAGGUAG